UCGUUCGCCACAAACUGCUUUACACCUUUAGCGCAAAAGGUUCGUACAGACGAGGCUUCGCACGCAUCCGAGAAUGAAGAUUUUCGUAUCAGCAAUCCUGCUGGCCUGCGUGGCCCAGGCAAUGUGCUCUGCUUACGGACAAGGAGGCAUCCGCGGCGUGCAGGGAGGCAACAUCGGAGGAGGAGGAGGAGGAGGAGGAGGCGGGUUUAGGACAGGCGGCAUUUCCGGUGGCGGACAGUUCAGCGGAGGUCGUGUUGCAGUUGGUGGCGUACGUGCCGGUGGAUUCAGCGCUGGUGGCGCUCGCGGCGGCGGCAUCAGGGUUGGUGGCGCUCGUGGCGGUGGAUUCAGCGCUGGUGGCGCUCGUGGCGGCAGCUUCGGAGGAGGCAGUAUCAGCUCCGGUAUCAGUUCCGGCUUCGGUGGAUCCCGAGGUGGAACCAUUGACCCGAACAACUUCGCCAACAUCGACGCCAGCGACUUUGGUUUCGACAACUUCGGCAACUUGUACAUCAACGUUGAGGCUUUCGACUUCAGCAACUGGAGGAACGCCGCCCAGGCCGCCGCUCCCCGUGAGGCAAUCAACGCCGCACAGACCGAGCAGAUCGUCAUCGGCCGUCGAUUCCGAUCCGGAUCCGCCCGCCAGACGGAGACCAGCUCGGCCUCGAAGGAGGGCAGCGGCAACGGAGAAGCCGGCAUCGAGUUGUCUGCCUCUCGCACCGCCUCCCAGGACGCCACCCAGCAGUUCACGCAGCAGGCGAGCGGAGAGGGCAAGACCGAGCAGGGAGCGACGUACGGAUUCGAGAAGAACAACAACGGAGAGAUCCGCUUCGCCCCGGUCAAGCUGGACUCUCUGCCCGUCCACUCCGGACCACGUAGCCAGGUUCCAGUGCGCCGCACCAGCCAGAAAAGCUACUAAGCUGCGUUGGACUCACGACUGCAACCCGGAACACUGACCUACCGACAAUGAUCCACGUACUUCGCGCAAUCGCCAAUCAUCGGCAAAUAUCGGCAGACAUCAGCAAACAUCGCUGUAUAGACACUAGGCAAACUCAAUGAAUCGGUCGUGGUUUCCGAUACGCUUUUUCCGAAUAUCUCUGCUCUCCCUUCCUCCUCUCUUUCCCUACUCACCCCUCCCCCUCUCUCUCUCUCUCUGCACUCUCUAUUCCUCUCCCGAUCUCAUAUUCCUCUUAAACACCGCUGUGAUGUAAAACAACAUUCAUCGCAACUGUUGGAAUAAUUUAUUGUUUCUUACGCGCUAAAUUCUCCGGUGAAUACGUAAACGCGUAAAACAUAUCUACAUAUAUGUAGAUAUUUCGGCGUCCCGUACUGGCGCUAACGCUCCUGCGUCAGCUCAGGGAUAGAGGGAAGGAUGUAACCGGGAGAGGACACGAAGAUCCGAACCCGAGACUUGGCUUAAACGUGUAAAGCAAUUGUGACAAAUCAAGGCCAAUCAUGUGUAAUUCGUCUCGUAUAUAUUUAUUCGCAACAAAUAAAAAUGCAUUAUCCAAAAGAAA